AUGUCUUUCUCUCAGGGGUACGGCGCCCCCCGAGAGGAGCCGCUGGCGGUGCCUCUGGCGCCUUCAGGGAACUUUCUCGGGGCCUCACUGUCUCUCGCUGGAGGCCCCACGGGCCCCGGAGGCCCGUACAGCCACGCUGGGGGCUUUGCUGCCCCCUACCAAGCCUUCGCAGCCGGCGCACGUUCUGAGGCUUCUUCGCAUGUUGGCCUACAGGUCUCGCUGGGGUCCCCGUCGGGCCCCACCGCCCCGUCUGGGCCUUCGCCCGCUGGAGCCUUCGGCGCCACGGCUGCGCUCGCCGCGUCUCUGUCGCCCCUCGGGCCUGCGCCUCCUCGCCUAGCCGGCAUCGCCCUCGCCCCCGCGAGGGGACCCGCGUUUCAUCCGUUUCCGGGCGCUGUCUCCGCCUCCAAUUUCGGGGCAGGCUUUGGAGGCGGACAGUUCGUUCAGCACGGCUACGUCCCCACAACGGGCCUUGUGCCUGUGACUCCCCAACAAAGCCGGAGCCUCGCAGUCGCCGCCGUCGCCGCGACCGCGGCCCUCGCCGCGGAGGCAGCGGCGGAGACGAGUCGGGGCGGUGGCCCGGCGGGGCCCGCAGGGGGCGCUGGAGCCCAAGCAGGAUAUCCUGGGAAGGGUGGGGUCAGUCGGGCUCCAAAGGGUGCGAGACUGGGCAGCCAGGUGGACGCCUUGGAGGGGCCCGGCGCCCCGAGCAUGGGCCCGCGAGGAGACAGAGAGACAGAUCCUCCGGGACCCGGGGGCCAGUCUUCGAGGCGGCCGGCUCCGGGAGCGCCGGGCGCGGGGCCUGGAGACGGCUUGGGCGGCAUUUUGGGCGCGCUGAAGGGGAGAGUCGCCCCUCAAGGCGCAGAUGCACCCCACGGAGACAGGGACGAAGGCUUCCGAGAAAGCCGCAGACCCCCGGGUCAGAAUGCCGGGCGCCGCGACGCAGGCCGCCUCGGGAUCGGCCCCGCUUGCCCUGCGACGCCCAGCAGCGGCCAAGUAGGUCACGAUGUAAUGACGGCAGUUGCGGUCGAAAACGAGAGCCUCAAAUGGUCUCUGUUCAUCUCCAACGCCCUCAAGUGGGCGGCGGCGCCCGAGCUCGACUUCGACGAGGACGACGGCGGCUGGGGCUCCACUCUAGGGGCGGAAGGGUCUGUCGGAGACUCUGACGCCCCGACCGUGUCUCCUCGCCCUUCGGUGGACGAGCCCGGAGCGCAUGUCGCUGGGGCCUCGCGCGCUCCACUCUCCUCCUCCGGAGGGGGAGAAGGAGCCUUCCCUUUUCGUUUUUCUUCUCGGACUCCUCCAGGCCGCGGCGCAGGUCAGCCCAACGAGCCCGGCUGUGACGACGAAGAAGAGGCGGAGAGACAGCGGCGACGGACCUUGCAGGCGCAAGAGCGUCUCCGGCGGAAGAAGCGGUUUCAGCGAGGCCCAGAGCGUUCCGAGUCGCCCAGCGCGGACGCCCCAGCUCCCGCGCGAGAGGAGACACUUCCUGGGCCCUCGGGCAGGCACAACAAGGGGCUUGAGGGCCUUCCGUUGGAAUUCGAGGAGCGCCGGGGCGACAAGGGGCCUGGAGGGCCAGGUUGCGCCAGCGGAGUUCCCUCACAGGACCCCGGCGGCGCGGGAGAGUCCGGAGGAAAUGCCUUGGGUGGGCGCUGCGGAGCGGGGACGGCGCCUGCGUCUCCGGCAGUGUGGGGUCUGGGGAUGGAGAGGAAAGGCGAGGGCGACAGUCAGGGGGCGCGGGGAACAGGCGCCGAAGGUGGUUACUUCGUAGACUCCGGUGCAGAGGAAGAGGAAGAAGAAGACGCAGGUCUUCUGCGCGUUCUGGGUGUCUGCUGCAACGACUUGGUGGAGGACAUCGUCACUUCAGCUGUGUCCUACGCAAUGACUCUGCGCGGGGCCUCUGCGCGGUCUUGCCCACCGUCUGUCCUUUCUUCUGCUUCUUCCGGGCCAGACCUGCAGCCUGCUUCACUCAGGGUCUCCCAGGGCCAGACGCCUCCCGGCGGACAGUCCCCAGGUGUCUGUGGAGCCCCAGAGGGCGCGCGCCAGGGUCUCUCGAGCGCCGCAGCGGCGGCCGCACUCGAGGGCGGCGGGACGGGGCGCGUAGUUGAGGUGACGAAGGAGCACGUGGACUUCGCUCUCGACAGGCUGUGGGGCGAGGAGACAGUCCAGGGUCUCCUCGAGGGAAUCCGCGAGCGAAAGCGCGCGAACCGGUCGCUCCGCCUGCGGCGCGAAGAGUCUCGUCUCGCCCAACUAGCCAAGGGAGGAGACGCGAGCCCGAGGGACUCGGGCCCCGCAUCCGCGCCGAGGCAGCCGGACCAGGGGCAGGGCGAGGAAGGGGGGGCGGACGAAGAUCUCUUAGCGGAGGAACUCUUCUUCGGCGGCUGUUUUGCCGAAGAAGGGAACGAGGUUGAAACUCAAAACACGGAGAAAGAAGCCGGCCCGGACAGCCGGAGAACGAGCGCGGGGCAAACAGCGACAGGAGUGACCCCUACUAAGGGCCAGGCGCGCCGCGUCCUUCCAGCGGUCGACUUCUACCGCGAGGCUUUGGAGAAGACGGCGACCUGGAACGACAUCGAGCGCUCUGUCUCCGACAUGACUUCCCCGCCGGCGUUCCACGAGCAUUUGGCGCAGGCAGAGUUCCUCGUUGCGCAGACGUAUCUGCGCGAGGAGCUGGAGAAGGUUGAGAGCUGCGCCUCAGCUCUGGACGGGGACCCAGACGCGGGGCCUUUGGCUUUGGGCCACAACGAGGCCCCGACUCUGAGUCUGGUCCCAGAGGGCCGCAUGCGCACUCAGGACGGUGUGGCGAGUCUCCUGGCGGAGGCACAGACGUUGGCGAAGCGCGCGCGAGAAAAGGCAGCGAAGAUCGCGUUGGAAGAACAGAAGGAGAACGGGGCGAGCCCCACGGGAGACCAAGACUCUCUCCUCUGUCGCGCAUUCGACUUCGGCUCCGGGCCUCUCUCAGAAGGCUUCGCUUCUGUGGGCGUGGACGCGGGCGUGGAGAAGGCGCGCGUUUCCUCUGCUUCGCGGGCACCAGCGGACUUCGAGGGCGGCUCAGGAAGCAGCAAGGAAGAAGCCUUUGUCUUUGAGCUGCAAGGACGCGCAGAGGGGGAACAUGACAGAGAAGGGCAGCCAGCGACGAACAUGCUCUCCGAGGAAAGCACAUUGACACCUGGGGUGGUUGCCGAGGUAGAACCAAGACUGGGGGGCCAGAUCGAGGCGGCAGAAAGAGGCGGGCAGGAAGUCCUGCGACCUGAAGAGACUCCGUACAACCGAGAGGAUGCGGAGUUCGGCUUCGAGUUCGUCCCUGGGUGCGCUGGAGAGACUGGGGAGAAGGACGAAGCAGAAAACGAGAGGAACGACGGAGACGUCGACGGAGACCUCGAACAAGCUCUUGAAGAAGAACUCGAAGAACGUCUUUUGUUGGGCGUGGACGAGGGAGCGCAGACACCCGACGCGGUCUCCGUCUCGCGACCAGAGCGACAAGGAGACGAUCUCCUCUUUCCUCCAGAGUUCCCUACAAACCAGGCCCGGUGCCAGACGGACUUCGAAGGGGGGACUGCAGAGAGCGGGCGGCUGUGGGGCGACAAAGAAGACCCUUCGGACCUGGCGCCCGAAAGCAGCGGAGAUGGCGAGGCGGGGGACGAAGAAGGAAACUUGGAUUUAGAGGAGGAGUUGUUCGGUGGGAUGGAGGAAGAAGCGUAGGCUCGACGAGAGAGACGCGAGCGGGAGCCGAACGGUCGCGCGUCUCUCUCUGUAAGGUUGUGGGUGGCGUUCGUCUUUCCAGAAAGCAAAGCAGCAUUGAUCGGAGAACUGUCUUGCGCGGGGACAGCUGAAGAAAGGGAGAGGAACUUGGGACGAUAGGGAAGCGAGGGGAGAACUUGGAAGGGAUAAAAGCAGAUCAAGGCAUUCGUACACUGCUUCGUAUCGUCGACUUACGCUCGUUGUCUUCUACAGAUUCUUCUUGUUCUUCUACUGUCUUCUGCUGUGGCCACACACUCGUCUCCCGAGGUCUCUUUGCGGUUGAAGGACAGUGUCUCUCUCUUU